AGCUCGGGAAACGCUUCUUACCGAUGCUCCGUUUCCUCCUCUGCGGAUUUUUCCGACGAGGAGGAUUUCAGCCCAAAAUCCGGCUCCCUCUCGCCGGCUCCGGGCGACACCCUCCCGUGGAACCUACCCAGGCACGAGAGAUCCAAGAGGAAGAUCCAAGGAGGGUCUGUGCUGGAUCCAGCGGAGAGAGCUGUGCUCAGGAUAGCGGAUGAACGGGACAAAGUCCAAAAGAAAACGUUCACAAAAUGGAUAAACCAGCACCUCCUGAAGGUUCGAAAACACGUCAAUGACCUGUACGAAGAUCUGAGAGAUGGACAUAACUUGAUUUCUCUUUUGGAAGUUCUUUCAGGAGAUAUUUUACCAAGGGAGCGAGAUUUUUUGAAGACCUUACGGUUGGUGAGUUCAACAGAAGCAUGCCCGCUUGAACAGCAUGAGGAUGAGGAGGAUGAGGAUAAGGGGCCCAGAGAGAAAGGACGGAUGAGAUUUCAUAGACUACAGAAUGUCCAAAUUGCACUUGAUUAUUUGAAAAGGCGACAGGUGAAACUGGUGAACAUUCGAAAUGAUGACAUAACAGAUGGGAAUCCUAAAUUGACAUUGGGAUUAAUAUGGACCAUAAUUUUGCACUUUCAGAUUUCUGAUAUCCAUGUUACUGGAGAGUCAGAGGACAUGUCUGCUAAAGAACGAUUGCUUCUUUGGACGCAACAGAUAACAGAAGGUUAUGCUGGAGUUCGCUGUGAAAAUUUUACUACCUGUUGGCGAGACGGGAGAUUAUUUAAUGCCCUCAUUCAUAAAUACAGGUAUUUGCACUUUUGUUAAGGUUGUAUGAGGAAAUAAUAAUUCUGAGGCGUUAGAAAGUGGCGAAGAUUUAUCAUUACAACUUGAGGUCUGUUUGAUAAAGCAUGCAUCGUACAUUAUAGAAAUUAUUUUGAGGAUCGGCGGAAGGACGAGACUCGAGCCAGGAUCGACGGAACAGAAGGUUUUUAUUUGUUAACUAUUUACAGGUGAUUCAGCACCUUCCCUGCUUGACAGCUAUUUAUAUGGGUUCCACCACAAAUGUGCGA